AUGUCGUCCGAGAAUCCAUAUCCUCCCUAUGGCUCCUCUCUUAGAGAAGCAAAAUACCAACUCUGGAUGCAGGAAUCUGAGUCUUAUUUCUGGGGCUUUUAUGUCUACCGGACUACGUACGACGAUCAGGAACUUUGGGAGCGAUACCUCAACUACAUACACCAAUGCAUCGACAAUAAGCUCAAGUUUGAAUCAGAGUUCGACAGAGAGCGCUUGAAACGACAUUUUCGCCUUACCGUCAUCGAGGAACCAACGUUGGCAAACGCCUCUACUGAACACGUUCGACGAAGAUUCAUGACAUGGGUGUCGAGUCUCUCUCCUGGCGGCGACUCACAGCAAGAGGUACCCCCGGAAGAUCACCGAGAUCCCAUCCGUUUCAGUUAUCCUCUAUACGUGGACUCUGAGUGCCUCAAUUCUUUGCUAGCUUAUGAUGAGGAACUCGAUAAGACUGGUUAUGAGUGGAAAGCACACCGACUUGUUUUCAUCAAAGCAAUUAACGCCGAACAGCCACAAGUUCCCAGUAGCGCCGAAGUCGAGGACGAUGAUGCGAAUGAGGAAGCAGAUGAGAGCGAGAACAAUGAUGACGAAGAUGACGAAGAUGACGAAGAUGAAGAAGAUGAAGAAGACGAAGAAGACGAGAACAGUGGCCAUGAAGAGAUUCCAGAUGACCCAGAGUUUUAUUGGAUGCUGGUGACUUGCAGAUACCUUGCUGUCUACUGGGAAAUAAUGGGGAUCGGUGGUCAGUGGGAGCAACAGUCCUCUUCCUUCAGAAAGCCUCAGAAGCGACCUUGGAGAGAGACAUAG